AGAGAGCGAGGGAGGUAGAGAGGCAGAGAGAGAGAGAGAGAGAGGGACGGACCAUCCUACCAGCCGCUGUAGAGGAGGUGUUCCAACAUGACAGCGUUGCGUCAGAGGAAGGGCAGCAGGGGGAAGGAGCCCCCUCUCGGUGUCUCAGAGUUUCAGUCCCAACAGUCCAACUGUUGCACCGAUCAUCACCCAGAGAAGAUCUUGCACGGUGAUUGGUCAUGGGGGGCAAUAAUCUGGACGUCGGUUGGUUGGUCUGUGGCUGUUGGCCUCGGCCUGCUGUGCUGCAUUUACGUGGCGACGCUGCACGAGAACGAUCUGUGGUUCUCCAACAUCAAGGAGGUGGAGCGGGAGAUCUCCUUUCGCACAGAGUGUGGACUAUACUACUCCUACUACAAACAAAUGCUGCAGGCCCCGUCCAUACAGGAAGGGCUCUCGGAUUUGAUCCACGACAACUUGACAGAAUCCAAGAGGACCAUUAAUCUCCUACAGCGAAUGAAUAUCUACCAAGAGGUCUUUCUCAGUGUUCUGUACAGAUUGUUGCCCAUCCAGUCGUAUCUGGAGCCAGUAUAUUUCUACAUUUACACAGUGUUCUCGCUCCAAGCUGUGUAUGUGAUCGCUUUGUACCUCACAGCAUGGCUCCUGUCGGGUUCCUGGCUCGCUGGUGCGCUUGCCGGGGUCUGGUACAUUCUCAACAGGGUAGACACUACUCGUGUGGAGUUCACCAUCUCCCUCAGAGAGAACUGGUCUUUACCCUUCCUGGCUUUGCAGGUCACCGCUAUCACGUGUUAUCUGCGGCCUCAGCUCACCGCCUUACAGCAGAAGGUGAUGGUGUGGUUAAUGUACGUGACGACCUUCUGCUUCUGUCUGACGUGGCAGUUCAACCAGUUCAUCCUAUUGGUUCAGGCUCUCAUCAUAUACACCCUGGACUGUGCUGAUUUCAUAACCACUACGCAGGUGACCACGCUGUACCUUGUUCAAGUGAGCGGCCUGCUGAGUGUGUGGCUCCUACAGUUCUGCAACUCCAUGGUACUGGGAUCACUGGUUCUGAGCUUCAUCGUAGCUGUGCUGUUCAUCAGGCACUGCCAGUCUGGUCUGAAGACAGGAAGCCUGCCAGUUCGUCUGGGCAAACUGCUUCUCCACAGCGCUAUGGUUCUCCUCCUCACCCUCACCAUCAACUACCUAACCAAGAAAGCGCUCCAGCUCAGAUCAGAUGAACACAUCUUUAAAUUCAUCAAGUCCAAGUUUGCCUUGGGGCCUACGAGAGAUUUCGAUGCCAGUCUGUAUCUGUGUGAAGAAGCCUUUGGCCUGCUGCCCCUUGACACACUGGAGCGGCUGGCCGGCACUCUGCUGCUGUACCCCUACAUCUUCACACUACUGCUGCUCAGCGGCACGCUAGCGGUGGCUGUACUGCAGAAACUGAGCAGGACUAAAGUAGGUUCAGUAGAGGAGAAGAAAGGAGCUGGAGAGGGGCGAGCGGUGGCAUUUCGUCCAGAUGUGGCCUAUAAUGUAUUGCAUUCACUGUUCUUUGGACUUCUGGCUUUCAGCACUAUGAGGAUGAAGUAUAUAUGGACCGGCCAUAUGUGUGUGGUAGCAGCUUAUGGCGUGUGUGGGACGGAGCUGUGGACUCUGCUUCUCAACACCCUCCGCUGCAACAGUAAAGUUCUGUUGAGGCUUGUCAGAUAUGCAGUCCCACUGGCAAUGAUCGCUUGCCUGUAUUACAAGUUCUGGCCUAAACUGAUGGAGGAAUUGUCAGAACUGAGGGAGUUCUACGAUCCAGACACAGUGGAGCUCAUGACCUGGAUUAGCACAAAGACCCCUAAGCGGGCUGUGUUUGCAGGAAGCAUGCAGCUGCUGGCUGGCAUCAAGCUGUGCACAGGCAGAGUUCUCACCAACCACCCCCAUUAUGAAGAUAAAGACCUGCGGGAGAGGACCAGACAGGUGUAUCAGGUGUAUGCCCGCCGCUCCCCAGAGGAAGUCUAUGACAUCCUGAGAGCUGCGGGGGCCGACUACGUGGUUCUGGAAAACAGCAUCUGUUACGAGCGGAGGCACAGGCGAGGCUGCAGACUGCGGGACCUGCUCGACCUGGCCAACGGACACAUCAUGGACGGAUCAGGAGAGAACGAGCCAGACCUCGUCCCCGCCUCCCACCCACGCUUCUGCGAAGCCAUCAAGACGGAGGCAGCGGCCUACACCGCCCUGUUCAACUUAACGUUCCAGAAUAAAACCUUCCACGUUUACCGGGUCAAGAAGAAACGCAAGAAAAGUGCCAAGAGCUCAUCUGAGCCCAGCGCCACUCCGUAGCAGGAGCAGGGCGGCGACAGAAACCCCCGCCAGAGGGGAGAGGGGAGAGAGAUGGAGGAGAAGAAGAAGAGAUAAAAGCACUGAAUCCUCGCUGUUCCUCUGUCUCCUCUCUGCGCUGUGCCCAGCUGUGAUCAUGCCCAUUAUUUUUUCAACACAUGGUUGUGUGAACUGUGGUGGUGAGCAGUGGGCCUGUUCAAGCUUGGGGGGGCUGCAUUGUUUUAGUUUGUGGAGUGUGGAAGCACCUAUAGGAGUCCUGCUUUGGGGUGUUGUGUCUCCAGCCAGCCUCCUCCCAGCCCACAGCGGUGCAGAGGAACACACACAGAAACAUUUGAACUCUAAGCAGGGCCCAAAUACCACGAGCCACCACUAAUAAUUUAGUUUUAUUUGAUGUAGUGUGUGUCAUUUCUGCACAGCAGCAUGAAAUGAAGUAAAAAGUAGCAGUCAUCGCUACAUAGAAACACCUAGAAAUCUAGUUCAAUAGCAUCUAUCAAAGCAAGAAAAACCAGAACUUCAUAUUUAAAAACUACAACAUUCAAAUACUAUAUUACAUUGUAAUAAAAAAGCAGCUUUUCUAGAUAUAUAUUACACACUACACGUUUUGUACGUUAUUCAUCGCCACUGAAAAUAGGAAAAUAAAAGAUUAUAAAAGAUUUGUUCAGUUUAACAAAUCUGAGGAUUUUAGUCCAUUUGGAACCGGAUCUAAAAUAGAGCUGGGCCUCAUUUCCAAUAACAAUCAAUCCUAGAAGCUGAGAGUGUUUCUACAAAUACUCCGUUUCAUGAACGUGUGCAUCACUCUGUCAUCAUUUCUGUGUUAGAUUUUCUGAAAAACUGUGAGAAGAAACAUCAUAAACACUAUAAAUAAAAAGAAGAGCGGAUAUAUACAGGAUAUACACCUCUGGGGGAGUGAUAGUUCAGCCUGAAGACAUGAAUACAUAAGCAUGAGAGGAUGGUGAAGAUCAGUGUACACAUGUUCAGUGUUCUUGAUAAAAUAUAAUAAAUAAUGAGCCAAAACAAUAAAAGUUACAAUGCUUUUGGGAAACGCUUCUUCAGCUUACAAAUGUUUGUGAGAUGGAUUUUUAUGAUCUUUUGGGAAAUGAGGCCUGGCUCUUAAAACAGAAAACUCUAAUUCAGUUUUUCAGCUCAUGAACUUAAUACUUUUUUUGGAAAGUGCAAGUUGCCACGGUAACGCUGACUUAUUUCACUCAUAAAGUUCACAUAGGGUACAAGUUAGAUGAAAACGUGCACUGCCAACUUUCUUAAAGUGCUGCUAUAUUUUAACAGAGUCGAUUACAUAUGAAGCUUUUUUUCUAAUUUAAAAAGAAGUUAAAAAGUUUUGACUUUCUUUUAUGUAAAUGACACAGAUCUGAUUGGCUGAGAUCUUUUAUUAUUCCAAAUGUCAAACCAUUCCUUACCAUCUCUCCUCAAGUUCCACUUAUCAGCUUUUUCCCCCUGCAGCUUUCAAUCAUAUCAUGCGGUCUUCACUAAUGGGUGGAGCUUACUCAGUUGUCAUGUGAACACAGUAGACAGCACUUUUAGGACUUCUUAUGUCGGCUUAAAAACUGAGUGUUAAAAUGAAUUCUCGGAAAUAGUAGUUGUUUACAAUGACACCAACUCAAAGGUCCCCUUACUCGCUUUUUCCAGAGUUUUCAGCUGUAUCACACACUCUUCUAAAAGUGCCAUGGACCAACAGAUUACUGCUGAAGACUUUUCUAUAUGGUCUGAAAAAGCAAGUAAGUGGACCUUAAGUCAGGAUUGUGUGAACUUUGAUGCUAAUUCCUCACUUUUUAAAUAAGGACAUUAUGUGACUAAUGUGCUAACGUGUCAAAAACUUGUUAGUGUGCUGAGAGAGCUUGAGGUAUAUUAGUAUAUAGAUAUAGGUAUAUUAGAUUUUAUGGAGACAGUUUGGAGAGAAGUAUUAGUUUAACCUGUUGUGUGGGAGGGAAAAAAAAAACACAUUAAAUAAGUUUGACCGGCCUGGAGCUCAGAUCAGUUGACACCUUUUUUUUUUUUUUUUAGCUUGGCAAUGAUAGAUGUUAUCAAUUACUGGCCUGAAAAGAGAAUCGAAAUAAUGUUAUUAGUUUCGAUUCCCCACCCGGGUGGAAGCGAAGCAGGUUCCACUUCUGCUUAAAUGUGUUGUUGCUGUAAAACUGAGGUCAGAGCUGCUACCAAGUGAUGUUUGUGACAGUGUUGUUGUUGUUGUGAAUGCUGUCAUGUUUUUCUUUCUGUUGGCUCUGUGAUUCUCAUCAGCAGCAGUCUCAACCUUUUCACUCUCUCCUCACACACACACACACACACACACACACACACACACACACACAUGAAUAAUGUAAGUGGCUAGGAAAUUGCAGCAAGCUGACAACGACGCUGAUUCCCCGCCGCAAUCCAAAAUAGUUUGUGGGAGAGAGAGAGAGAGAGGGAGAGAGAGAGAGAGAGAGGGAGAGAGAGAGCCAACACUUGCAUAUCAAACCAAGGCUUUAUGGUUAGAAAAGAAAAUGGGGAGGAGGAGUGGGGAAAGACAGAAGAGGCUCAUGUUUAAACAGAAGCAGAGAUGAGAGAACAUCAGAACACAGAUUCACAACGAUCUGUACCCUCCUUUCCUCAUUUUUUUUCUCCUUUUUUUUUCUUCUUCCUAACCAAAGGGGAAGCAGAGGAGAGGAGGUGAUUGAAAGGCUGGAGCUGUGUCAUUAAUUAUGGGUUGGCCAGUCAGAGCCAAUCAGAGCUGCCUGCUACAAUGAGCAAAUGUGGGGUACGACACACACACUCUCAAACACUUUUAAACCCCCUACACACACACACACACAC